GCAGGAGCUUUACGGGGCAAGAGUUCACGCACUCCGUCUAAACUCGGGGAGUUUCUUCAGCUCUGGUGAAAGCUGACGAAGUUUUAAAGCCCUACAAGCCAAACACGUGAGAAAUAAAGGGAGUAGCUAUCCACAAUAAUACAUCCGCCUUUUUUUUUCUCUCCUUUUUUUUUUUUUUUUGAACAGGCGGACUGAAAGUUAAGGCAGUGCCUGAGUUCACCCGCUGUUCAGGCGGUGUCUGACUGCGUUACGGGACAGCAGCGGAGAUGCCCGGUUGAACACGGCGGAGCUGUGCUGCGGGUGUUUGACAAAAGCAAGAGAGAGAGUGGACCUAAACAUGAUGUUCACCGGAGCUGAUAGCUGACACUGUAGAAUGAGAGAGGAUGGAGCAGACAGACAGCCCUGCCUCAGAGAGCAGCAACCCUAAUGGGUAUGUCAACCGAAUGUUCAAUGUUUCUCUGGACGUGGAGAACGAGACAGGCAGUGUUUGUAUUCAGGAGACGGGGCCGGGGCCCGUGGAGGUGCAAAAAGAGAGCCAAGCUGCCUCCUCUCAGACCCCUGUCAAGGACAGACAGGAGGUCAACCGGAGGGCCCGUGCCACGGGGGGCAUCUGGCGCAUCUUAAACCGAAAAAGAGCCAUCCCUGAGAUGGAAAGGAGACCCCACUCCAUGAUCCUCCCCGGAGAAGCUUCUAUCCCUAAACUCUCGUUUGCAGACAAAGUUCGGUCUUUUAAGAAGCUAAAAUCCCCCGCUGUGUUCAGAGGAAAAACCGGGAAGUUGUCCACUGCCAAGUUCACCAGCUCCUUGGUGGACGAGGAGUCUUUCUGCCGUGACAUCGGCACUCCACAGCAGAUCAGCAAGAGCACCCUUCGAAAUAGAGGGAAGAGGCAUUCAUAUGCCGGCUACUCGGUGGACUUCAACUGCUCGUUUGAAGACCUUGACCUAUCUGCACCAAUAGAUGGCCUCCAGCCCACUGUUACAGGAGAGACUGUUGUCCAGAAUGGCUGUAAACCUUCUGAAAAAAUUUCAUACACUAAGAGAAACAAUAGCAACUCAAACAGCUGCAACAAAGUCAGCGCAGACUGUGAGGAGCCCAGUGUUAGGAGUAGCCCCAGAACCCAUCAUAGUGGAGGGAGGAGGCACAAAGAUGUUUGGAGUUACCUGAGGAGGAUUUCCCUCUUGGGGAAAAGUAAUCCUGUGUACUCAGAGAGAAGCUUUGACUCUGAGCUCCCCUCGUUGGACAAAACCACGGAUUCAGAUUUUGGAUCUGUAGACUUUGAGAGUGUCAGAGACUUUCAGCCGCCGCCCCCGAAACAAUCGGACACAAAGGGACACUUUGGUGGUCUCUUUAAGUUUUUUAAUAGUGUAGCAGAAUCUGCCAGAAAAUGGCGGACAACUUCACGGUCCUUCUCUCCUCCGGAGGGAGAGAGGACUCCAAUGACCUCCCAGCGGGCCCCACAGCACUCAGUGGACAACAUUCACAGUGUUUCUCUCACACUCCACAAUGAAGGAUCUUUAAAACCCCAACCAACAGAACUGUUGCCGCUCGCUGCUCAACCCUCAAAUCCCAGUAGCUUUGACGGUGAAACGCCAGCGACCACAACCGGUGGACAAUCCCCCAAACUUGCCUUGAAAGCCUUUAGAGCUUCUUCAGGAUCUCAAGCUGCUAAUGGCCUUCAGAACUCGGACAACGUGACAAACCACAAAUCCACGGCGAUUGUAGAGAAUCAUAUUCAGGAUUCAAGUUUAAGCGUGGAGGCUGAAGCUGAUGCUGAGAGGGUUCAGUUGAACUGCCUGUGUCAAGAGGAAAAGGUAGGGGGACAGAAAGGAAAUGAGCAGGAUUCCAGGGAUACUCCGCUCGACUCCCACCAAGUACAGGAAGUGAAUGUCCAAUCACAACAAGGUGAUAAAGAAAGCACAACCAAUAGCGUAACAGCCUCAGAUUCUACUGAAGAAAUUUUUAAGCUGUGUGAGCAGAUUGCCAGCAAGACAGGCUGCAGUGUGAGGCAGCCCGGACCAGCCCCGGCCCAGUCUUGCACAGAGAAGACCUCUGUGCCUCACAGGCGGUUGCUCCACCGUCCCCGUCCGGCCUCGGCAGUGCUGGACCUGUGGAGGUCCAACCCGGAACGCGAGAUCUACACACAUUAUAGCGAGGUGGGCUCCCUGCCCCGGCUGAGACGCAGGCCCGCUGCCACCAUGCUGCACUCCCCAGGGCAGAGACGGACGGCUGCGCGCUCCAGGCCUUGUUCUGUCAUAGAGAGCAGUGUUACUAGAGAGACCCAGUCGACGGAGCUGCCUCACAGAGCUUUGUCUCGCCCUCCGGGAGUGUCGCCACUCGAGCCCCCACAAAGGGCAUCUCUGCAGCGGUGUCGCUCGCUGCCUCUUCCCCCCAGCACUCUCACUGCCUUGGCUUUGCUCCUGCCUUCUUCGGUGGACAUGGGCCAGUCGUCCUCGUCAGUGCGCCUGAGGUCUGGAGGCUCCACCAGCUGCAGGAGGAAGAGGCUGUUGAGACCCGGGUCAGAACCACUGCAGGUCAACAUAUUGAUAAGUGGAGGCUCGGUUGUCAACGCUGAGGCGGUAUGGGACCACGUGACCAUGGCGGAUCGGGAGCUGGCGUUUAAGGCCGGCGACGUCAUAAAGGUGCUGGACGCUUCCAACAAGGACUGGUGGUGGGGCCAGAUCGAUGAGGAGGAAGGAUGGUUCCCUGCCAGCUUUGUACGGCUGUGGGUGAACCAGGAGGACGGUGCGGCAGAGCCGGCCGAGGGGACCAGCGAGGUGCAGAACGGGCACCUAGAUCCGACCAAUGACUGCCUGUGUCUGGGCUCCCCCCUUCAAAACCGAGACCAAAUGAGGGCGAACGUCAUCAAUGAGAUCAUGAGCACAGAGAGACACUACAUUAAACACCUCAAGGACAUCUGUGAGGGUUACUUGCGCCAGUGUAGGAAGCGUGUGGACAUGUUCAAUGACGACCAGCUCAAGGUCAUUUUUGGAAACAUAGAGGACAUCUACCGCUUCCAGAUGGGCUUUGUUAGAGAUCUGGAGAAACAGUACAACACAGAGGAACCGCACCUCUCUGAAAUCGGGCCGUGCUUUUUAGAACACCAAGAUGGAUUCUGGAUCUAUUCAGAAUACUGCAACAACCACUUGGAUGCCUGCAUGGAGUUAAGCAAACUGAUGAGGGAUGGCAGGUAUCAGCACUUCUUUGAGGCUUGUCGUCUUCUCCAGCAAAUGAUUGACAUCGCUAUAGACGGCUUCUUGCUCACCCCUGUCCAGAAAAUCUGCAAAUAUCCCCUACAGUUGGCCGAACUUCUCAAAUACACAGCACAAGACCACAGCGACUAUCGAUACGUGGCAGCUGCUUUGGCCGUAAUGCGGAACGUCACUCAGCAGAUCAAUGAGAGGAAGAGGCGGUUGGAGAACAUCGACAAAAUCGCCCAGUGGCAAGCCUCCGUUCUCGACUGGGAGGGAGAUGAUAUUUUAGACAGGAGCUCUGAGCUUAUCUACACCGGGGAGUUGUCAUGGAUCUAUCAGCCGUAUGGACGCAGCCAACAGCGAGUCUUCUUCCUCUUUGAUCACCAGCUGGUGCUCUGUAAGAAGGACCUGAUACGUCGGGACAUACUCUACUACAAGGGCCGCAUCGACAUGGAUCGCUACGAAGUCCGGGACGCCAUCGACGGCCGGGACGACGACUUUAACGUCAGCGUUAAGAACGCUUUCAAGUUGUUCAACAAAGACAGCGAGGAGAUCCACAUCUUCCUGGCCAAAAAGCCAGAAGAGAAGAUCCGCUGGCUCAGGGCCUUCCACGAAGAGCGGAAGAUGGUGCAAGAGGACGAGAAAAUUGGUUUUGAGAUCUCGGAGUACCAGAAGCGACAGGCAGCCAUGACAGUGAGAAAGGUGACCAAACAGAAAGGUGUGAACAGGUGCACGCCCCCCUCAUACCCGCCCCCGCAGGACCCCCUCAGCGCGGGGCAGUAUGAGGUAACGGAGGACAUGGCACAAGGAGAGGUUUUUGAAUUCAGUCAAUCCAAAAGAGGCCAGGGGCCUUUCUGGCAGAAUUUUAGUAGAUUAGCUCCAUUUAAGAAAUAAACACAGACUCUUCUGAAGGACCAGCUAUUUUUCUUAGAAGCACUAAACACUGGAUGAUUACGUCCCAUGAUGAAGAAAAUACAACCACCACAAACACACAGGAGACUCUGAAGUUAAGUUAUGAUUUGAUUGGAAACACCAAGAGGACUUUGAGACUUGAAUUUCAAAAUUGAGGAAAAGAAAAAAAGACACACCUUUACAACAAUUCUUCUUUGUUAGUAACGUCAUCACGCUUCUUCUCCAGCUGACUCUGCUGUCACAAACUCUAUCCCUCCGAUUCUACACAUUCACACCUUCUGAAUGUUCUGGAAUUAUUAAGAUUGUUAAAUGAUUUCGUUUUGAGCCCAUCAUCGUCCAUCGUCAUCAUCAUCAUCAUCUGGAAAUAGCGAGCCUUCGAGGUUAAGUUGGGUCGGUCCUCGUGGGAGCGAGACCUCGCUGCGCCGCGAUCCCUCUGAAUGUGAGCUCGACGGAUGACACGGGAACCCGAUGGGCUCGGGACCCGCCCAGCUCGACAAUCCCAGACGGAUCCCUUACUUAUGAAAACCCCUCUUUGUUUUAUUUAUUUUUAUUUUUUUAAAGUCUUCCCUUCCUGCCCCUCUUGUCCUCUCUAUCUCCCAGUCCACCUGCUCAGCUUCUUGUGAGCCGGUGGCUCACAGAGGAAGAGUUUCAUUCUUUUGGAAACCUGCCAUUGGCCAUGAUAUGACAGGUCAGGGAACAAAUCAAUAGUCGGAACAUCAAUAGAAUAUUUACAUCCACUCGCCAACUGCUCGUGGCAGGGUAUUCACAUCGGCUCACGGAGAUGCUCAGCGCGUCCCGCUCAGAUGAGCCGUCUGCGAGCAGGAGAUAGGCCGGGUAUGGUCCGCCUGCCUUGCGUCACAGCCCCCCACACCGCCACCGCCACUCUCCCCAGAGACCACCCCUGUAGCACUGUGCUGGCAGCUUACUGGGUGUUUGGUAAAGAGCACAGCCUACCUCCAGAAAUGAGCAGUAAAAGUCAAGUUGAUGCAUCGGCCAAGGUCCAAAAAGAAAAAACAAAACAAAAAAAAUAUAUAUAUAUCUCACUCUAAAGAAAAAAACAAAAGAAAAAAAAACGGACUUCUUGAGUUGAUUUUUUAGUGUUCACACUGUUAAAUAUAUCCAGUCUGAGUUCUUCUGCUCUUAUUUCAAUACAAGGGAUACAAAUAUGCAAUGCUACAGAGUGGAGAAAUUAGCCAGGAUCCCAACCGGCGCACUGGUUAAGGACAUUCGGAGUUUGUUCGAAUUUUUAAAAAGUCAAUACCACGAUGGGAGGGGGAACGAAAAGGUGUAUUUAAUCUGUAGCAUGCACCGUCCCUCCUGACAGAUUUAUUAAUCUCUUAACACUUUGAAUCUUCCCACCCAACUCCCCUUUCCUUCACGUCGCUUUCCAAAUCUGAUCCGUGUUUCUGGCAGUUAGCUCGGGCAACCGUUAAGUGACUUACAAAGGACCGAUCCCCGAUCAGAUUGAUUUGUUUAAUCAACAAAGUCCCUGCGGCUGCUUUGGGAGAGAGAUCCUCGCCGUCCUUCUGGCGAGGCGUUCAGAUAAGGGAGGAUAUCUGAGGAGGGGAAAAGAAAAAAGCAAAACAAAAAAAAAAAAAAACGAUUGACACUCAUCACGAAGGCGUAAUUCUACUCUAGGAAUGUAAGUGAACCAUCUGUCCAUGCUGUGUGAUCAUGUUUUGACCUCAGACCUACAUUUUGUGUUGGAUUCUACCACCUGAUGGACAGUGCAUAUACAGUAUGACAAUUGUGCAAUGUGAUAUAUCAUUAUAUAUCUUCACUACUCAUUUACGGUGUGCUAUGAAAGAGAUAAAUAUUGUUCUAUGUCAUUUUGUUUGCCUUCUUACGGGCCUUAUAACCUAUCGGAAACAAGACCUUAGGCUUGCUUUGUAUGUCGUGGAAUUUAUGUUUCAGUAAAGGAAGUUGAGAAAGGGGUGAGUCGACUGCUGGUGUCUGUAGAGAUGGCUCCCAGUGAGAUUGUCUUGGAAGAUUGACUCUCAUGCCUGGCACAGCAAAAAGAAAUGGUUCCCAGGCCAUGAUAACCUCAGGUCCCGUGCUACACCUAUCCACCACCACCCUCUUCGCCCCUUACUCACCGCCCCGUCAGAUCAACACCACACACACAACUACACACACACACGCACGACACAAAUGCACAAUCACUUGCUGGCCCGUUCUGCUGCGGAGAAGAGAGAUGCUAUCUAACAGUGCCUUCCAGCAUUCCACUAGUGAUUAUCUAUUCAGUUUUCACUGGCAGAUUUGAAUUAGUCAUGUAUUUUCCCUUCGGUGCAUUUCUUCCUUUCUCUUUUCUUCUCGUCCACACACUGGGAAUUCCUCUUCCCCCCGCACACCCCACCGAACCCCCGACUCCAACUCCCAGUGCACCAAAACUCCAACAAAUCCAACAAUUGGUCAGGCCUUUCUACUCCCUCCCUCCCUCCCCACCACCACCCACUCCAGUAGUUACAGUGUUGUCUGACUGAAACACUUUGAAACACUUUAUUACUGUUAUUAUUUUGUAUUACACUCACAUAGCUGCAAUCAACUUGCACAGAGAGGAAGUUUGUUCUAAUUCCAGCUACGUAGAGUUCCAUUUUGUUAUCUAUGUAUCUCGCAGAAAGAGGAUUUGAUUUGAAUUUAGAGUAGGAAACCGAUUCACAUUACUCAAGUUAGACUUUUUCAAAGUAUAUUAUUAAUAGUGAGUUAUGAAUUGAAAGAAGUCAUCUAUUUUAACUUUAUCUGCUACACUCUGUAAAUAGUGUAAAAAGAACAGAUCAUAUAUUUGGAUAUUUUGCGUUGGAGACGAAUGUUGUUCCAGUUCUAGCGUGCGGUAGACCUCAGUACCCAGGUAAAUGCAUGCUUGUGGCAUCCAAUAUUUUGCAUGAGACUUAAGGCAACUCUUAACGGAUUAUUUACGUUCAUCGAACUUCCGAACGCUUUUCUUUUCUCUUCUAUUUGUUUGUUUUCUUUCUUUCCCCUCCUCUCAUAGCGGAACCAUUCAUUCGUGAAGCCACGCCAUCUCACUAAAGGGAGUUGUUUUCUCUGUCCACCUGUGUGCUGCUCACUUCACACUCCGAAGUUGUAGCCUGUGCUUUGUUUUGUUUUUUUUAUUUAUUGCCACUUAGAACAGCAUGUCAGUCUCUCAUGCUGAAUCAAACAUCUGUUAGGUGAAACGACAGACACCGAUGGUCUCCGUGCCCAGAUAAAAAUGGGUGUUUUAAUCCGUAGCUUUUCGUUUAGCACGCUUUUCUUUCACGCUGCAGACUGCUGGUUAUUUUUAUUUGACUUUAUCGUGUUUUGUUUGGAGUGCCAUCAUCAAGCGGAGGCAAAACGGGUAUAAUUUUUCUAUGACAACAGUGAACCAAAUAGGAGUUAGCUCUGAUCGCGGCUGUUUCGUGUAUAGAUUUGUAGUCGAGCAGAAGACAUGAAAACACGUGGAAUCCCCCCCCCCCCCCUCCUCUUUACACAAGCUAAAGCUAGAUCCACCCAUUCAAAUCAUUCUCUCUAGUUUAAGUAAUGACUUGACAUGGAAAAUUUACUACUCUAUUUAUUGCUAUCAGUAUUAGGGUCAUUAAGUUUGGGCCAAACAGUUUAAAUAAUGUAUAUAUUGGGUUUGUUUAUUCUUAUAUAACUUUCAAUCUGACCUUGUAGGAGUCCUAAAGGACAGCCAUCUGUCCACUUUGAGGUCUGUUUUUUUUAUUUUUUCUGUCUCUCUGCCCAUAUAAGCCAAGUUAGCAGACAGAAAUCCAUUAGAGAACGCUUAGAUUUUUGUCAUUCUUGGUUUUUAUUGUCCAGAGUUAACUUGAGCCAUCCACGUUCAGCACAAAGUGCCGAGCAAAAGUAUGAAAACAUUUUGAACUUCUGCACAUUUUAUAACGUUAUAGCUACUAACUUUAAUUGACUUUGUUGGGAUUUUAUUUGAUACACCAACGUAAUGUGCUGUGUUCUUGAGAGGUUGAAUGAUACAUGCCUUGUGCAAAUAAAAAUCUGAAAGGUGUGGCAGACAUAUCUGUGAUACCCCCCCCAACCUUCAUAAAUAAAUCUCAGGUGUUUCAUUUUCAUUUUGGGCCAUUUCAAGAUCACAACUGUCCUCAAAUUGCCAGUUGUAGCAGAAACUAUUGAUGAAACUACUUAUUAACAAACUGUUAAAAUAUUAAUAAGCAGCUUUCUUUACAUUCAAUGACAGCAUCUGAAAAUGAAAUAAUAAUAAGCAUCUUUUACGUUGAUGUAAUUUGUCAGUAUACAGAAAAAAAAAAUGCUUUAAUUUAAAACCUGAGACUCUAAAAAGAAAUAUAUUAUUCAACAACACCCAUAAACUUUGUCAUUUGCAAUGUACUCCUGACCAAAAAUUAGCCUUUUGGCCGACGUGCAGAGUGAUAUUUGUGAAGAAUAACACACACUGUCAACAGCAAAACAUGGUGGUGGCAGCAUCAUGCUGUGGAGAUGCUUCCCAUCAUCCGUUUUAGAGUACAAGGGAAUAUGGAUGGAGCUAGACAGAACAGGCUUGAAACUGAAGCGGAGGUAUAUCUUACAUCAGGACAACCACAAUGAAAAAACUAAUAUAAAAAAUGGCCCAGUCAAAGUCGGGGUUUAAAUCCAAUUGAGAAUUUAUUGCAAGAUUUUAAAACAAAUGUUUGCAUUUGUUUUAAGCUCAUUUGCUUAAAAGCUCUCUGUCCAGCAAGAAACCCCAAAACGGUGGCUGUAUGACGAACUGGGUUUCGUAUAGAAAUGCAGGCCAUAUUGAAAAAAAUUAUUAUUUGUAAAAUAAAAAAUAAUAAUAAGCAGUGUACCGUGCUUUCAUCACUUCUCAAUAUGGCAUAACCUUGUGUUGAACUUUCAGAUAAAAUCCCAAUAAUAUGCAGAGAAGUUUCUAGUUGUAAUGUGACAUAAUUUGAAAAAAAGUACAAGACGUUUGGAAACUUUUGCGAGGCACUGUCGCCGAAUAUUCAGUAGUAGUUCCUCACAGCUGAUUAUAGGGUCCUGUGUUGUUUCAGAGUAGUCAGGGUACAAAGUCUUCAACGAGCCAUAUAUUCAUGUGGUUCAGUGACGACGAGAAGACUUCAGUCCCCACACUUGCAAACCUUUUCAUUGUAUAUUACCAUCAGGUUUGAGGUCCGGAUUUUAUUUUAUUUUUUGUCACAGAAAAAUGUACUCCACAUCUUUUUGACACCAUAUGCAAACAGUGUUUUUUCCCCCUUUAUCUUUCUUUCCUUCUACUUUUCUUUCUCUCUUUCUUUCUUGCUGGCCUUUAUUUGUUGUAGAAAUGGAUAAAAACCUGAAAAAUAAUGCCUAUUCAAUCCAGAAACUGUGAAUGGGAGAGUGGAGAUGUCAACUGUAUGUACAUUAUAUGUUUUGAUGUAAUCAGAAGCACUGGGAAUAUGUUGUACUUCGCUGUAAAGAAAAAAAAAAUCCAUAUCUGAUAUAGCUGUACUUUUGUUGAAAAUAAAACCUCUACAGAA